UGUUUGACGUUUAUAUUUUCCUUCUCGCAAUAAACGAUUUUAAUGGAUAGAUAACCUAAUUCAUAUAUCCAAAUUCAAUUAUAAUCCGAUGUUUAUCAUAAUAUAUACAAUGAUUUCUUGUCGCAUAAUUUGCCGCAACUUUUUAAUUCUUUUUAUAGCUUUUGAUAAGAAGACAACUAUCAAAAGUGACUGUGACAACAACGUAGAAAACGGCUUUGCAGGUGGCUGUUGUACAAACUAUUAUAAGGUUGAUGGAAAAUGCGAAGCUUGUCCUGUGGGAUAUUUUGGUAGUAAGUGUGGAGUUCCAUGUCAUUAUCCAGCAUUUGGACAGUUCUGUACAGACGAAUGUAACUGCAGUCAAUCAGAAUGUAAUCAUAUAUACGGUUGCAAAAGUCACGAGACCACAACUAUCACGCCAUCUUCAUCCUCUACUGAUACGUCAGUAUCAAAAUCUGUUACUACUUCUUUGACCACGCCUAUCACACCGGCUUCGGACGUAAAAGAAGAAUCACAUAAAGAAACUGGUAAAAGUGAUGACAAGUUCACUGUAGUUUUAUCGGUGACUGCUGUAUCAAGUGUUAUUAUCGUUUUAACUAUAGUGAUAACCAAAUUGCGUUGUGAUACAAAAGACACUAUCAUCUAUUAUAUAAAUCGUUCAAGGCGCCACAGACCUGUAUCUUUUCACGACCAAUUUCAAGUACCUUUCCGGAACUUGGAGACCGAUAUCUACAUGGAAAUUGAAGAAAUGGAAGACGUUGAUGAUACAUCGAUCAAAAGUUUUGGAAAUUUCCAAAAUGAUAAGAGAGAGGAAAAUGAAGGAUUAAAGUUUGACCCCCUUACAAAACCAAAACCAGACUCUUUGCAAACCAGUGAGAAAGCUUCCUUCAAAACGAACGUUGACAAUGUACUGAAACCAAAACCUGACACGUUAAAACACAAAGAGAAAUCUUUCAAAAAGUUUGAAAAAUAUAAAACGUUCACCACUCGAAGAUUCACAAACAGCAAAGUACAUUUGAAAAGAUACAACUCCUGGCAUAAUGUCAUAGAAGUACCUAUCACAUUGCAAUCCAUUCGGAGAACAAGGAGCGUACUGAAUAUUUCCGACGAAAAAUUUAAGCAUUGCAUUCUAAAAAUGUAAUUGUGCUUGUAUAAUAAAUAUCAA